CAUCUGCAAGCCCCUGCCUAUCGCCAAAAUACCGACAAAAGGACUUGACUGCCAGUCGCCUCCCUUCUACGCUCCGCGAUUGCCAGCCGCGCACAAGCCUGCUCCACGCCGCGCCGCGCCGCCACUCUGCCCCAAUCCUUUCCAUUGAGUCUUCGAGGGCGACUUGGGGAGGGGUGGGGGAAUGAACGGGGAGACGUGUGUGUCUUAUUGUGACAUGAGCAGCAUGGAUUCUUACUACAACCCGGGGCCGCAGGGGAGAGAACACCAGCACUCGCCCUUCAGAACAUUCCAGCCCGCUGACAAGUUCGGCCCCAAUUUCCUGCCCAACAAAGGCCAAAGUUACGGCGACAAGACGAGGAAUCCAUUUCAGCAGGAAUGCGAGCCGCUGGACGCCAACGUGCAAGCGUCGACGGGAGACAGCGCCUUUAACAAAUAUCUGUACAUGCAGAGCGCUGGCAGGACCAGCAAACCUCCCGCUAACAACAAGAAGAUUCAAGAUUCCAGUCACAACGGCGCCCUGAUCCCCUGCUACGCUAAAGACAGCGCGUUGGGGGAGUCGGAGUUGUCGCCGAGCGCCGAGCCCGGUCUGAUGGACAAUUAUCUCAGUGUGAAGGAGGGAGGCAUGAAAGGCAGCAACAGCGAGCUGCCCGGCGCCAUGGACAAGGGAGAGGGCGACAGCAACAAGGGCAAGAAGCGCCGGAACAGAACCACCUUCACCAGCUACCAGCUGGAGGAACUGGAGAAGGUUUUCCAAAAGACUCACUAUCCCGACGUCUACGCCCGAGAACAACUCGCGCUCAGGACCGACCUGACGGAAGCCCGUGUGCAGGUUUGGUUUCAGAACCGCAGAGCUAAAUGGAGGAAGAGGGAGCGCUUUGGACAAAUGCAGCAAGUUCGGAGCCACUUCUCCACCGCCUAUGAGUUGCCCAUUCUAACCCGGGAGAACUACGCACAGAUUCAGAAUCCGUCUUGGAUUGGCAACAACGGCGCCUCGUCUCCAGUGCCGGCCUGCGUGGUGCCCUGUGAAACUGUCACCUCCUGCAUGUCCCCGCACGCACACACACACGCAGGGGUGUCCGAGUUCCUGGGUGUCUCGGCUCCGGGCAGCCACGUGGGGCAAGGACACAUGGGUGGCCUCUUUGGCACCGCCGGGCUGGGGGCUGCCAUCAACACAUUCGACAUCAGCAAUGAGCCAGACCGAAAGUCAUCCAGCAUCGCGGCCUUAAGGAUGAAAGCCAAGGAGCACAGUGCAGCGAUAUCCUGGGCCACAUGAGUGACUUCAUGUCACACAUCCAAACACUGAAAAUAAUACAUGAUUACAUUAUGCUGGACUAAAGACAAACCAGAACAUGGAGAUUUAUAUGCAGCACUUUUCCUAUUAUAGGUUGGUAGGAUUAGAAAGGUUCACUUCUGUUUAGACAUAUUUAUAUUACACCCUUUGCUGAACGAGCUACACUGUAAGCUAUUCAAAAACACAAGUCUAAUUUGAAAGUGAUAUUCUGUGUAGUUUUAAAUAGUGAAGCUAGUUUUUUUGUAACAACGGGGUAUAACAGAAGUACUAAUUAAUUUAGCAGUAAGAAUUAAACAUAUUUCAGAGGAAAUAGCUUCUACUUUUUGACAAGUGUGAAACCAGACUGUGUGAAAGGGCCCCGACCCAAAACGUCACCUAUCCAUGUUCUCCACAGAUGCUGCCUGACCCGCUGAGUUACUCCAGCACUCUGUGUCUUUUAU